AUGGAGGACUGUCGCAGUGAUACGGACGAGGUUCGGAGUACUAUUUCAAGGAGCUCAACCCCAAGUAACCACAGUUUAGAGACCGCAUCGACUGCAUCUGGUGUGAACAGAAAACUUUCUUUCGGAAUAUCAGCUAUUCUUGGUCAUCUAGAUGACGAACAAAAUGAUACAUCGGGUGAGCGGACGUCUAGCGAAGGAACCGUGAGCGGACCUCCGACGCCACCAAGCGGCUGUCACCCGAGCUCACUACCGGGGUUCGCCCCAUCAUUGUUCCCCCUGAAUAGAUCAAGGGACACUUUUAAACCAUAUGCAAUGCACAAUGCACUUCCAGUUUUGCCAAAAGUAGAGGUCGAUUAUAACGGCCUGCAGCAUCUCCAUUCACACUCUAGUCAUGGCAUUUUGGGCUACAAUCUCCCAGCCCCUAGGAGCUUUACAAUAGGGGGCGCUAUGUCACCAAACCAUGGAGUAUUGGGAAAUUAUACGCCAACCCUGGACAACGCCAACCAUGAUGUGAACGCAAGUAUUGCAGUACAGAGACGAGUUGGACAUCCCUACCAAAACCGUACACCCCCAAAGCGCAAGAAGCCAAGAACAUCGUUCACGCGCAUACAGAUCAUGGAGUUGGAGAAGCGAUUCCACGGCCAGAAAUACCUCGCAUCUGCAGAGAGAUCGUCACUUGCAAAGUCACUGAAGAUGUCCGACUCUCAAGUGAAGACGUGGUUCCAGAACAGAAGAACGAAAUGGAGACGCCAAACGGCGGAAGAGCGCGAGGCGGAAAGACAAGCUGCAAAACGCUUCAUGGCUGGUAUCACCAACGACAGCAAUACACUGUACGAAACAACUGUGAAUCGAGAUCCUGUCUGUCUGAACAAUUCGUCUCUGAAUGCCAUGCAAAGUAUAACACCUUGGUCUGAAGAUAGAAUGAAUUUUUCGAAUGUACAAAUUCCCAACCACCAAACGGCUAUGGUGUAGAAACAUGUUUGAGAAAACAAAAGUAUACCUCAUUCACCAUAGAGUUGCAAUUGAUUCGUUGAUGCCCAGCUGUUGGCACUCGUCACUGUUGAGCUGACUGUCCCAACGUGAAAUGUAUGCAUGAACACUUAAAAACUACCUGUAUCUGAGAACACAAAGACACUCAACUAUACAUUUAUAUUUAUUAUGACUAUUAUUUUUAUAUUAUUUCAAUCAUUUCAUAUAUUUCCUAAUCGGACGCUCCAAAUAUAAAUGGAACAUCGCAAGUCUGUUUGCAACAAGUCUCUUGUAGCUAGACAUCGUUGGGCUCCUUUAUGAUUUUAUGUACCUUUAUAUUAUGUAAAUCACAUGGAUCAAAUAAAUUAUUAUAAUACUGUGA